AUGGGUAGAGGGCGAGCUUACGUUGAUGACGAUAUUGAUGAAAGUAAGUUCAAGACUUCGGAAGCAAUGAACCGCUACAAGAAAAUCUUCAGUGUUCAACGUGUGACGGUUGAGCGGGAGGUCAAAUUCAGUGACUUCGAGGAUCUUGGGCUUCGCAGAAUCUUCAAAUCAAGAGGUUUGCUUUUGGCAAUGGGUCCUUCAGAGCCUGCUAAUAUCCAGAUUGUCCAAGAAUUCUACUCAAACAUUCCUCCUUUCUUCGCCGAGCAGAAAAACCCACCUGGCUUGGGCCCUUUUGGUUCUUGUUUGUGGGAUGAGACUCUGCAUUUCUCCAGCGGUCGAGAAUACCCUGACUCAUUUGAUGUGUAUUUGCGAGGUAAGGUGUUGAAUUUCUCUGUUUCUGGCAUUGCCCAGUUGCUUAAACUUGCUAGGCCAAACCCAAAUGAAAAAUCACCUAGUUUUCCUGGGCUUCUUGUUGAUAAUCUUGACUUGAAGUUGGUGAAAUCUACUUUGGGUUGGAACAAGAGGGUCAGGGUUUUGCGUGAAAAUCGACUGAGUGAUUUCUACAAAGUGCUUAACAGCAUAGUGAGAUAUAAUAUCGAUCCUCCUUGUCACGUUAUCCCUCUUUGCUUAGCCCUGAUAGAGCUCGCCUUCUUUAUGCCAUUGGCAACAAUGUGCCCAUUGAUCUGGCCACCUACAUUUUUGUGCCAUCUGUCGUGCUGCAUUCCUAACUUCCAUGCCCGACUCCCUGCCUUUUACGUCCUUGAUCACGUGCUUCGCCAUGGCUUCUCAUGUGCCAGUUGA